UCACAUUGAGAAUGGAUAUUAGUGCCUUUUAAAAACUUUUCACUCAUACGCUCUCCGAAAUUUCUAUUGUAUUAGUAAAAUCCAAUUCAUUUCCAACAAUAACUUUGAGUAGUCCAAAUUUCAAGUUCAUUUCAAAUGCAUAACAACAGCGGUUUAGAACCCAUGGACAGGACCAAGACUACGAAACUUCCUCAGCUCAAGUCCAGCGUUACUCCCUACAGACCAAAGCCGACCCUAAUCCAUAGUGAUUCCCCAAAACUAGAGAACGACAAGCGUAAUGGGUUGGACUUGGAGCUGCUGGAUAAUCCAGAGAUACCGAGCAUAAAGCGAGUACGAUGGGCCCCGAUGUAUGGGGAAAGGAGCCCGAGUAAGUCCGGCUUUUCCAGCGUUCCACUAAGCUCCAAAAAGGCUCAGUUUGAUCAGGACACGGCAGAUGAGUUAAUACUGGCUAACGAGCUUCGAUUGGCGGUGCAUCGCGGGGGAGGAUCCAUCGAUCCCGACAAGAACUACGAGCUGAAAGCUCGUCUGUCGCCCCUGCAGUUGCCAUACAGUCGAGUGCAGCGAAUUCUGAAGGAGUGCGAGUUGAGCGAGAGAAAUCAUCACACCUAUUGUAUACCCAUGGACUAUGGGCGGCAAUUGGUUGCCAUGGUUUGCAAGAUCAGGACGGAUAAUCUUCCCGAACUGAAACUUCGCUUGGCCUCUUUACUGCGGCAAAACAAAGCGCGCUUCUUCAAUCGACACUUAUUCAACGAAACUGGCUUGAUUGAGGCGACGUUGCAGAGCGUAACACCAUUAAGCUUUGACGAAUUCAAUCAAACGUUGCGAACUGAUGCUUUGUGGUGCAAAGCCACCGAUAGCGCCAUUAUCGACCUGGCCAAAGGAUCUGUUUUGUUCAAGUGUCGACCUCUGGACCUCCAAGAGGUCGAGUACAAACUCAGACAGUGCAACUACAAGAUUGUACAUAAGGAGGUGGGACACUGUCCAAACAAGCCGCUCGUCGAGUUAAAUGAUCGCCAAAUGGCCCGCUAUCAGGAGUUUCGUAAAAACCUUCUUCAAGAUAUAGAUGUCGUAAAGAUCUAUGACAAUGUGCGUGUCCAGUAGUUCAAAUCAGUUCGGCAAAAAUCACAAGUAAUUUUAAAUUAUCAAAAGUGAUUCCAUAAUACAAAACUCCUCAUGACCCUCUAGAACUUUAUUAUCGUGUCAACUAUUUGAUUUAUAUAGUUUAUAGUAAAGUUAUCUUUCUUUUUGAAAGUGUA